CCGUCUUUUGUGUUUAUCUUCGGUCCCUAACAGCCAUCUACAGUGAUUCGUGGAUAGAUGGGUGCUAUGUUUUGAAGUCUAACUGAUUCACAGGCCUGACCGGACUAUGGACUGGCAGGCAUCUUAAAUAUCCAGAAAGCCGAGCACAAAUGCAAAGAUGAACAAAGGCUGGCUGGAGCUCGAGAGCGACCCAGGACUGUUCACUCUGCUGGUGGAGGAUUUUGGUGUCAAAGGCGUUCAAGUGGAGGAGAUAUAUGAUCUUCAAAGCAAGUGUCAAAGCCCCGUCUAUGGCUUCAUCUUCCUCUUCAAGUGGAUUGAGGAACGCCGGUCCAGGAGGAAGGUUUCCACCUUGGUGGAUGAGACUUCUGUCAUCGAUGAAGAAAUUGUCAAUGACAUGUUCUUUGCACAUCAGCUGAUACCAAAUUCCUGCGCCACCCAUGCAUUGCUGAGUGUGCUUCUGAACUGCAGUGGAGUGGAGCUUGGCAACACUCUGAGUCGUAUGAAAGCUUUCACAAAAGGCUUUAGUCCAGAGAGCAAAGGAUAUGCUAUAGGAAAUGCCCCAGAGUUGGCCAAAGCACAUAACAGCCAUGCCAGACCGGAGCCAAGGCACUUGCCAGAGAAACAGAAUGGGAUCAGUGCAGUGCGGACCAUGGAAGCCUUCCACUUUGUCAGCUAUGUGCCCAUCAAAGACCGUCUAUUUGAGCUUGAUGGGCUCAAGGCUUACCCCAUUGACCAUGGGCCUUGGGGAGAGGAGGAAGAAUGGACUGAUAAAGCUCGGCGGGUCAUCAUGGAAAGGAUUGGACUGGCCACUGCUGGUGAGCCAUACCAUGAUAUCCGUUUCAACCUGAUGGCAGUGGUACCUGACCGCAGGAUGAAGUAUGAGUCCAAACUGGAGAUUUUAAAGAGGAAUCGACAGACAGUCCUGGAGGGCCUGCAGCAGCUGAUUCGGCUCACCCAGCCUGAGCUUGUUCAAGACAAGAAGCAGCAGGACUCAUCUUCUCCUGAUGAUACAGCCACUGCUAUCAAGAAAGAAGUUGAUGCGGAGCCAGUUACAUCCCAGGGGGCUCAGCAGGCAUCUUCAGAUCCAGCAGAUGAGUCCGGAGUUCAAUCCCAGACUGCCUCCAGCCCUUCAGGCAGUACCAAGGUCAUGGGCAAGCCACCAAUACCCACUGGAGGAGCUUCCCAGCCUGUCACCAGUCCCAACCCCAUUGUUCAGCGCCUGCCUGCCUUCCUGGACAACCACAACUAUGCCAAAUCCCCCAUGCAGGAAGAAGAGGAUCUUGCUGCUGGAGUUGGUCGCUCUAGGAUACCAGGGCCCCCCCAGCCACCUUACUCUGAUGAUGAGGAUGACUAUGAGGAUGAUGAUGAGGAAGUUCCUGGUUCAGCGGGCACAUCUAACAGGUUUAGACGAAAAUCAAGUCUGCGUUCACGAUCGGGGCGAGUCGGUGGCAUGGAGAGCCAGAUUGCCCUCAGUGUACUGGCUGAGAAGCUAAAGAAGGAGGUCCAAAGGAAGGACGCCCUAAACACACCCCUGUCUGUACGCACAGAGGGCCGUACCGGGGGCAUUUGUAUCACAGCUGCAUCGCAGCCUUCCCCAACGCCCAGCAACGAGAGCACUGAUACAGCUUCUGAGAUCGGCAGUGCCUUCAACUCCCCGUUGCGCUCCCCAGCACGCUCCCAGGCCGCCACCCGCCCGUCCAGUCCGGUUGCCUCCCAUCUCUCUCGUGUGCUGUUUGGAGAAGAUGAGAUGUUGAGGCUAGACUCCAGACACAACCGUGCUGUACGAGAGCUGGGUCCCUUUGUCAGCAUCGCCUUGCUGCACCUGCAGGAGGACGGUGUCAUCUAUGCUCUCCCACCAGCCGUAGAUUCUGCUGCUGAUGGGACUAAACGGCCUUGUACGCCUGAGAAGGUAAAAGACAAAGAGCAAGGGUGCCAUCUAGCAGGAGAAAGGGAAGGGGUGAAGGCGGGGGAUGAGGGGCCUUCAGUGGAGGUGACUGAAGAGGAGAGCAAAGAUGGAGCAGAUGUCAAACCCAGCAAGGAAAAGCUCAGCUCCAUGGAAAUUGUUGGAGCCCAGAAACCCCCUGGGGAGAAGUACUCUCCUAAGGAGUUGCUUGCUCUGCUCAAGUGUGUCGAGGCUGACAUUGCCAAUUAUGAAGUGUUUCUAAAGGAGGAGGUAGAAAAGAGGAAGAAAUAUAAGAUUGACGAUCAAAGGAGGACCCAUAAUUACGACGAGUUCAUCUGCACCUUCAUAUCAAUGCUGGCACAAGAAGGCAUGUUGGCCAGCCUUGUCGAGCAGAACAUUUCAGUGCGUCGUCGGCAGGGAGUGAGCAUUGGUCGCUUGCACAAGCAGAGGAAACCUGAUCGCAGGAAACGCUCUCGACCCUACAAAGCCAAGCGGCAGUGAUUACAAACUGCUUUACAGUCACUGCUGUAAGUCACGUCUGUAAGCACCAAGCAAUCACUGCAGAGAGAGGGAGAGGGAAAAAAUACAUAGCUCCUGAUACUUCAGUCUGAAAAGACUUUAUUCUUGUAUUUUAGUCUGCCUCUUUUUUCGUAAAAUUGACCAUGGAGGUCGUUUCUUUUACCAUGUAUGUAUAUAUGCACUCCUGUUUUUGCCCCAGUGUAAAGUUGCUUCUGUAUGUGCCACUACUAUUUAGGAUUGUAAAUUUUAAAAGUAUUUCACAAGUAAUUUGGAAUGAUCUUUGUUGAUGAGGGAUUUAUUCUCAGAAAGAUUUUUUUCUACGAUCAUUUAUGGUCAUUAGAUAUUUGGUUCAUUUGGUUAUGUUUUUGUUAUAAAUUUCUGUAAAAGCACCUUCGUACUACAGAAUAUACACAGUUUGCUAAUGUGAAAACAAUUCCUGCAUUUGUUGCUCUCAUUUCCAGUCAUUUCAGUUCCAGUAUUUCCACUGUAGGUAAUAUAACACUAGCUCAAGCAUCUUUAAUGACAUUCCUCAGCGGACAGUUUGACCCUCAAGAGGAUGUUGUGUAAUGCUUUACCCUUUGAUAUAUCAACUUUUAUUCAGCAAAAUGUCCUUUCAACUCAAAUAAGCCUGUAAGAAGGCUGUUUGCGUGUACUGUUUUGUAUGACUUCAGCUGUGUGUGUGUGUGUGUGUGUGUGUGUGUGUGUGUGUGUGUGUGUGUGUGUGUGUGUGUAUGUUUAUCGUUUGAGGUCAUGCAAAUGAAUAACAAGCUUUUAUGUUAUUUUCUUACCUGAAAUGGAUCUCAAAAUUGAGUGAAAUUGAGUGUGUGCAGUUGUGUGUUUUGUACAUAUGUAUCUGUUCAUCAGCUUAGCAUCACUUGUGUACAGUGAGCUCAGUUGGUUUUUGUGCUUGCCAAUUGAUACAACAAUAAACUUGAAACCAAG